AUGGCUACACUUGUUCAAGUGGGGUUAAACUAUGAGAGAUGGUGCUAUUGUUUGCUUAGCUCACACUCAUUAUAUUUCUUAUUGUUGUGUGUUUUUGAAUGUUCGUGUGAUUCCUCCAUAGCCUGCUACGAUUUGCAACAAAUUCCGCCACUGAAUGCAGGAAGUGUCAGCGAAUUUACAGAACUCAUAUUUCGGGAUGGAAACAUCACAAGCAUACCCAACAACAGUCUCCCGCCCGGCCUGACAUCGAUCGAGCUGAAUCAUCUUGCACUCGUGAAAAUUGCCGAAGACGCCUUCGACUCAUCGGCGGAGACAUUGGGAACUGUGAUAAUCAAAGAGACGCAGUUCACCAGUUUACCAACAGCACUAAAGAAACUGACCAAGUUAACUGUCCUUUUUAUUCAUGAUACGCCUAUACAAGUUUGGGAUACUGCUACACUGAAACAGAUUGGUGCUACUGUUGAGAACUUACAACUCAAGAACGUGACGUUAUCUGCAUGGCCGAGCUGGAUUUCUGACUUUGUUUCAUUACAGUCACUUGAUCUAAGCUGGAACCCUCUCAAAGAUAUCCCUGUCGACGCUUUUAGCUCUUUCAAAGACUCAGUAAGAUAUCUUUAUCUAAGAGGUGUUGGCUUGACCGACGUACCACAAGCGUUGUCUACACUCUCAAGUUUGACCUACCUAGACUUAGGUAACAAUAAUUUUACAGGUGUGUCUGUUUUUAAACAGAUAACCGAGUCUCCGUUUGCUGAGAAACUUUCUGCCCUGUAUUUAGACUCAAGUGGGCUGACAGGAGUAGCAACUUUCACAAACUUGACAAACAUAAGGGUAAUUAGUUUAUCUAACAACAGAAUAUCGGAUGUACCUGCUGGCUCACUUUCCACAUCUUUGACAUCAUUGGACCUUUCAAAAAACAUUCUUGUGUCCGUACCAAAAGAUGUUGCUAUCAUGACCAGUCUCUCCUAUUUAGACCUUUCUAACAACCAACUCACAAACAUGCAACCAAAAUCUUUGAAUGGGAAUCCCAUCUCGGUAAUCUCGGCUGAUGCAUUCUCGAAUCUGACGCGAUUGCGCCAUCUUGAAAUCAAGAAUUCACAACUGACAGAAUUCCCUUUAGCGUUUUCACAAUUGCCAAGGCAGACAUAUAUAUACUUCUCCGCUCCUAACGCAUUCUCUUGUCCUUGCCCGGCGCCCCAGCAGUUAGUUCAGUGGUUUAUGUCAGUCAGAAAUCGCUGGAGGGUUGAGGGAAUGUGCACAGAUGGAAGGGAUAUUGAACUUUACCUGAGUGGUCAGUGUGAACAAACAUAA